AUGGACUUUCAGGACGAUUAUCAAGCGCCACCACCAGCACAACCAGCACCACAACCAGCACCUCCAGCAGCAGCAGCAGCACCUCCAACAUCAGCUAAGCGUACUUCUUCGGGUGACGUGAAGCCCAACUCCAAUCCGCCCACUACCACGGUCUACUACGGUUCACCAGCACCAGCAGGCCUUCCAGUGCCUUCCACCUCAGGCAGCAGUGCCCCUCCAGCUCCAGCGCCAACUUCGAAAAACGCUCGACGACGACAGAAGCUGAAAGCACGCCGCAAGCUGAGCGAGGUGUACAUCUGCGUUCUCGACACCAAUGUCCUUCUGGACGAUCUGAACGGCAUCAAGACGAUGGUCAACAAUUGCAAUAACAAAAGCAAAGCUGGUGGCGGCGGCGGCUCUUUAGUGCACAAAGUGAUCAUCCCCAUGGUGGUCUUGCAGGAGCUGGAUGGCAUUAAGAGUGAUAAAAGCCGAGCGAAGCAUCAAACGGCGCAGAGUGCAGCCAAGUUUCUCAACGCUCAACUGAUUAUACCUAACGGCUUUGUGAAGGGCGAACCGGACAAAAAUCCCGCCACCCGAAUGUCGGAGCACACUUUUCAAGUUCUGGGCAACGACGACCGCAUUGUGGAGUGCUGCCUCCGCCUGAGAGAACUGCACAGCGACAAGACCGUCAUUCUGCUCUCCCAUGACAUCAACCUGCGCAAUAAGGCUCUGACACUUAACAUUGAAGCCACGGUGAUGGAUGACUUCAUCGGCAGACUGAAGGCGUCGGCCAUGAAGGCGCCGCCGCCGCCUCCGGAACGACCAACCUCCAAUGAAACUUCACAGCCCAUGGAGCUGGAGAUGGCAUUUGAACCUGCACCACCAGCACCAACAGCAGGAGAACCGACACAAAAGCGACUUAAAGAAAACCCGAAGGUACCACCACCACCACCACCACCACCACCCACGCCUCCAGCAAAACCAGCCCCAAAGGUGGUUCCAAAAAAGCCCGCUCCAGUCGCACAGUCAAACUCGAAGCCCUAUCAGAAAG